AUGACGAAAGUAAUACCGCCUUAUAGUAUGAAUUGCGAUGGAGAUAUCUUGCGAAUCUUCAUCAUUCGGCAUGGACAGACAAAUGAAAACGUACAAAAGAUUUUGCAAGGACAUAAGGACACAUUAUUGAACGAUACUGGCUUCGAACAAGCUGAUAAAUUAGGUCAAUAUCUAAAGGAUCAAAACAUUAGUUUCGAGCGGGUAUUCUGUAGUGACUUGAAGCGCUGUCAGCAAACCAUAAAUCGAGUUCUUAGUCACUUCAGCGAGCAGUCUCGGCCGGAAAUCGAGCUUACCAAGGAAUUGCGGGAGCGCUUCAUGGGUGAGAUUGAGGGUAUGUAUCUCUCUGAUGCAGAGCUCUUUGCCAAAAAACACGAAAAGGCCUCCUUCAGGGAGUUCGGGGAAAAGAUGGAGGAUUUUGAUGUUAGAGUUUCCGGGAAACUGUCGCAAAUAGCCACCAGCAGUCAAAACCUGAAGAAUGUUGCUCUCAUUAGCCAUGGCGGCACUAUUCGCCAAAUUCUAAAGCACCUGAACUUAGAAGGAUCUCAGUAUCAGCGACUAAUCGUCUUCAACACGUCUGUUACUGUAGUUGACUACCAUAAAAGUACCAACCAAUUCGAUGUCAAGCGUGUUGGAGUAACCAAUCAUCUAGGUAGCGGUGAGUUCAUAGUUAGCGAUACACAACUACGCUAG